GCCUCGUCAACACGGCUGAGCGCCUGGAUGCCUGGGUGGAGAGGCUCUCCGAGCUGGUCAACAAGCGGCUGCUUCAAGGCCGCCUUUUGGGGGCCGUCCUCAGAUUCCUGGACGCACCGGCGCCGGUGGAGAAAGAGGACGGCACUCUCCAGCCUCAGGCCAACUUCAGCGGUGAUCGUUCGCUCACGGGCGGCUCACGAGAAUUUACCAUCCGCGAGUGGCGAAGCGACUGGCAGAAGGAGCUGAAGGCAAAGCUCCUACAGCUGGGAGCUGCGCAGCAGGCAUGGAAAAACCAUGUUCACAUCAAGGACGACACCGGGUCCCAGCUCAUCGCGAAGUGCAGGGAGGACGGUUACCCAUACGUGACCUUCAUGGAUGCGGCGAACAAAGGGCAGCCGAUCCAGUUCCCGGUGUACGUCACCGUGGAUGCCGCCGUCCUGCAAGACAGGUGGGCGGAGCCGAUCGAGUUCGUGGUGACCUGCGACUAG